UCAAAUAUUCCAUUUUCUGCAAUAAAAGCAAUGCUACCACAACCUACAAUUGAAUCACGUGAACGCAAGCUAAUUUAUGUUUUUCCAGGUUAUGUAUCUGUAAAUGAAAAGAAGUAGGUAGGCAUUUUCAAAAUAAAAUAUCUGUAUUAAAACAUGUCUUUAGUUAUUGAUUAGGGGUAAUUGUAAACAACGAUCUAGUCUGUUAAAUUUCUAUGGUUAGUUAGCUACCUAAUUUGUUUACAAUUCCCCGAAGUUUUACUCCAUUUGCCUUCAUAGUUUAUUAAAAUAGUGUUCACAAUUACCCCAAAGACUUGGGGGUAUUUGUAAACUGAUGGGGUAAUUGUAAACUUGUUUUUAAACAAAUAAAGUCACGUUUUUAACAUUUCAUAGUUGCAUAACGUGAAACAAAAGACAUCAAAUAACGUUGUUUUUAUAAUUUAACUUCGAAAAAUUAACAUUUCCAUAUUUUAUGAAAAUAUACUGUCCAGACUAGCAAAAACCGUUUACAAUUCCCCCACUUGACCCUACUUACUUACUUAAUUAUAUGUGUUUUUUAGGAGACAAAUUCGUGUUCUCCAGAGAGAGAAACAAGAAGCUAGGUGCUAAUUUAAGAAACAAAGAAACAUUUAUUCCGCCAACCGAAGAAUUACGAAAUGUUAUAAUAAAAGCCAGAGAUGAUGCAGUCAAUGAUUGUAAAAUACUAGGAAUAGAUAUGUUAGAAAAUCAGUGGGAGGCAGCUUUAACGGAAGAUGAUUCUGACCAUACAGACAGCAAUUUUUUGCUUCAAUCCAAUGUUACCUCGACGGCACUUCAAGAUGAAGCAGAACAAUUAUCAGAAACCCAAUUAACCGCAAAUGAAGAAGAUAUACAAGAUAUUAACAAAGAUGAAGAGAUUUUGCAAAAUUUUACAUCCUUAGAUAUAAAAGACCUAAGCGGAUGCAAAACAGACAUAUCAGACAUCUCUUUAAUCAAAAUUAAAAUUAAUGAUAAAGAAAUGGUAGUUAAAAAAUCAACUUUAUGUUGGCUGUUUUUCAAAAGAAAAGGACGCUUGUCGAGCGAUAGGUUAAUUCGAUGCAAAGCUAUGAGUGGACCAACGAGUUCCUCAAAAAAAAGAACAUCAGGUAUUAAUGAAAAAAUAGGCAAAAAAUGUGUCAACAACCCGGUCAAAAACACACAAAAUUUGAAAACUCAGAAGACUCAGCAGAAGAAGAAAAGUGAGAAUAUCUCAGAUUCUGAGACUUCAGUAAGUGAUUCGUUGUCUGUUCAUAGCGAGUUUGAGAAUGAAACCUUUUCGGAAGACGAUGAUUCUGAAAUAAGCUCGGAAUAUGCUACGAAAGCUGGUAUAUUGCAAGGAUCAUAAAAGUGGUAGAUAAUGCAAAAAGUGAGAUAAAGUUUUUAAAAUUAGAACUAGAUAAGUAUGUUUGGCCAAGAGAGGACGAUAAACAAAUUGUUAACAAUAAGUUCAUUUUUUAUGGUCCAGUGUCAUUAAUGGGUAAUGGACCUUUUCAUUUAAGACGAAAUGAGAAAAUAAAAAUUGAGCAAAUUUUUAAGACCAUUAAGAAAGAGCUAAAAGAGUUUUUGUAAAAUGUUUUGUUUUUUAGACAUGUUUCUUAAUAUUUUUUUUAUUAAAAUUUUUUGUAAGACAUAGGUAUUCGUUUAUUGUCUUCUACAAAACCCUUAAAAAACUGCCCGUAUUUAUUAAAAAAUCUGAUAAGGCUUCAGCAUCGCACAUAAUUGGGCGAAAAAUAAC